AUGUACCCAUUGAAGGACCUUCAAUAUACAGUUCAAUACUUGCGAAUUAUUCCCACGGACAAUAUUAAAGUUGAUGAAGAAGAGGAUGAUUUGAUCAUACGGACCUUAAAUCUUCAUAAUGUCAACGAGAAAAAGAGAGCGAAACGCGAAACAGAUUAUACUGCAUACAAAGAAAUGGGAUGGCGAUUUACUCCAGAGGAAGCUAAGAUAGUUUUCGAUGCUUAUUAUAAAUGUAUCGAGGAACGGAAUGCAGCAUAUUCGGAGGAAAUUCAUGUAAAAGCAAUAUUAGCAUUAGAAGGCCAAACAGUUAAAAUGACUUGUCAUUCUUGCUUCCGUCCGGAUCAAGACCCUUCCAGCUACCAUAUAGAAUGGCAACAACUUAGAGCGGAAGUAGGUGAAUUGGAUUAUGUGGAAAAUGACAAAAGAAUAAAAAUCACCUCCGACAAGAUGCUGGCUAUUCUAAAUGUUGAUGUCGUAGAUCGUGGUCAGUAUUUUUGUGUCCAAUCAAAUAUUCAAGAAUAUUUAGAAAUUUAUCAACUUGAUGUAAUCGAAAGGGAAAAAAGGAUUACUCUUCCAGAGAGUGACAUUAAGAAUCUUUUACCACAACAUGAAUUACCUGACCACAACCUAAAGCUGUUUACACUAUGGUCAGAAUGGAGUGAUUGUAACCAAUGCAAUAGGCUUGGUAAAAGGAGAAAAGUAGGAAUUUGUAUGGUAAAUAAAAUUGAAAAGGAUAGACCAAUUGAACCAAUGGACAUUCCUAUGAUUAUUUUAUACCCUGACGGAAUACCGUGUCGUUCUACAAUUUUACCACCAGGGGUCAAGAGAUUACAGGAAAUACGUGACAGAAAAAGCGAAACAAUAUUAGGCGACUGUUUCAUGAAAUGCCCUACAACACCUGCCUUUUUAACGAUAACAGAUUCCAGUGGAAAAAUUAUAGAAACAAUUGAUUCUGGAUUUUAUUCUAUGAAAAGUAAACCUACAUUGCCACCGAUGGUCAACCGAAAGGUAAUUUACACAGACACUAGAAAAAAAGUUGUGUUGUUAUGCCCAAAUUCCUCAAAGAAAAAAAGCUUGAUAAGAUGGCAGAAUGGAUCAAUUCCCUUUAAUCCUUUGACCAUUAAAGGACAAACACGUGGACGGGUUCAAAUAGAUACCAUCAACCGUUUGCAUAUAAAGGGACUAAGGAAAAGUGAUACCGCUGUUUACAGUUGCUGGGCACAGGCAAAACUAGUUGGUACUGUUAAGGUGAUAAUAACUACAGGAGUUAACCCCAAAGUUCAUCAAAUUAUAACCACUACAGGCAUUGUGUUAACCAUUAUUUGUGUAUCACUUAUAUGUAUCUGUACUCUUGGUAACAAAGCACGUCAGAAAAACGCUGCGAAAUAACAGAAAAAGUGUUUUCUCCAUUAAACAACCGUUUUACCGAAAACAACAGCGGAUGCAACUUUUUACGAGUUUAAAAAAAUGAACGUUUUUGCAGUUAACGAAUUAUUUUAAGUUUAAAUGUAUUUCAAACUGCCGACAAGAUAUGAUUGGAGAAAAACUAAGAUUCACAUUUCUCAGACCGAAUAUGAAAUAAUAUAAGAGCAAAGCAGAUACUACAAAGCGGUAGUCAUCACUUUAGAGGACGACACUGUUUGCCAGCAGUAGAAUCUACCAAGUGUAGGAAAAUGUAACAAUCGAAGUCAGAAUAUUUGCUUCGUACAGUGUUCUUUCAAACAAAUC